AAGUUCCAAUACAUCUCCUGCCUCUCCUGGCUCUGCGAAUACCGCAUCUUCCACCUCGUCCCGCUCGACGCCGCCGCCAUCAGCUAUGCGGACCUCGCCGCCGCCACCGGCGCCCCAGAGCAGCGCCUCAAGAGCAUCCUCCGCAUGGCCAUGACCAGCGCCCUGUUCCGCGAGCAGCCGUGCGGCACGCGCGUCGCGCACUCCGCCGCCUCGGCGCUGCUGGCCCGCGACUCUGGUGUCUACGCCUACGCCGCGUACAUGUGCGCGCGCUCGGCGCCGACCGCGAUGCAGAUGGCGGCUGCGCAUCGCCGCUGGGGCGCCGCCAGUACGCGCCCGAACGAGACGGCGUAUAAUGCGGCGUUUGGCACGGAGCUGCCGUUCUUCGACCACGUGGCGCGGGACGAGCGCCGCGUGGCCGAGUUUGCGGCGUAUAUGCGGAAUGUGCGGAGUAGCGAGGGCGUGGAUCUGAAGCACCUCGUUGCGGGGUUUGCGUGGGAGGAUAUCCCAGAUGGCGGCGUGGUCGUCGACGUCGGCGGCUCGACCGGCACCGCGGCCAUCGCCCUCGCCACCGCAUUCCCACACCUCACCUUCAUCGUGCAAGACCUGCCCGCCAACGCCGCCCUCGGCCGCAAAGCCGCCCAGGACUCACUCCCGCCGGACAUCCUCUCCCGCCUCGCCUUCCAGGGCCACGACUUCACUUGCCCGCAGCCCGUGCGCGGCGCCGCCGUCUACCUGCUGCGCAUGAUCCUGCACGACUGGCCGGACGACGUAGCCGCGCGCAUCCUGCGCCACGUCGUCGCGGCCAUGGACGCGGAGUCGCGCCUGCUGGUCAUGGAUACGGUGCUGCCGCGGCCGGGGGCGGGGCUGGUGUCUGAGGAGCGUAUUGUGAGGGCGAGGGAUCUGACGAUGAUGCAGGCGUUUAAUAGUGGGGAGAGGGAGUUGGAGGGGUGGGUGGAGUUGCUGGGGCGAGUGGAUGGGCGGCUGGAGGUUGUGGGGGUGAGGGAGCCGGUGGGGAGUGCGAUGGCGGUUUUGGAGGUUAGGGUG